AGAGAAAUCUCGGACACUUGAGCUCGCGUAGUUUCUUCGAAUUUUCACACCCAAGUGUGAUCGGAUCUGGGUUUUAUAUAUUUUUUUUGACGAAUCCGUGUCCCAAUCUUCGAUCUGGUGUAGAAAGUCCCAAUUUUUUUUUUAAUCCCUUAUCUCAAUUUAAACCCUUUUAGUCAAAACCCUAAUUUCCGCCUUUCUAUCAGAAUUUCGAGGAGUAGCCCAAUCGUAUAAUAUAAUCUCUUCAGCUAGAAUCUGAGCUCAUUAUUCCGGUUUGUGUUUUAUAGAAAAGACCGAAACUUUUCGUCAAUUCCAAGCGGGGACAGAGUCAGUGAGCGAUGUCUUGGGCUGGUCCUGAGGAUAUCUAUCUUUCAACCUCACUCGCUAGUUAUCUCGAUAGAAAACUACUUGUGCUCCUUAGAGAUGGUAGAAAGCUGAUGGGAACACUCCGUUCUUUUGAUCAAUUCGCCAAUGCGGUUCUAGAAGGUGCGUGCGAGAGGGUAAUUGUUGGUGAACAAUACUGCGACAUUCCUUUAGGCCUCUAUGUAAUCCGUGGAGAGAAUGUUGUCCUGAUUGGUGAGCUGGACACGGAGAGAGAAGAGCUUCCUCCUAAUAUGAUUCGCGUUUCAGAGGCAGAGAUUAAAAGGGCGCAAAAGGUGGAGAGGGAAGCGAGUGAGCUGAGAGGAACAAUGAGGAAGAGGAUGGAGUUCCUUGACUUUGAUUAAACCAGAUUGCGUCCCCAUUCAUUCUUGGCUUGAUGCUCUGCUUUGGCUCGCAAGUUUUAUGAUGAGCCUUUUUUGUGUGUUAAUUUAGGGGAUCGACGCAAGUCUUUAUGUUUCAUUUUGGAAGAAAAUAUGACAAAAAAUAAUCUCUGUCUACUUCUGUCUUCGGAUCUAUAUUAUCUUUUCAAGAGAAAAAUAUUUUGGAGUUUUUUUUUCCUCA